CCCGCGGGGCGGCCGGCGGGCCAUGGCGGUGCCGGCGGCGGUGCUGCUGCUGCUGCUGCUGCUCGCUCUGCUCGUGCCCCUAGCGGGGCUGGUGCUGGGCACCGUGCUGCUCGGACUGCCCAGCUACGACAUCCCGGCCGGGGUGAACCAGCCUGCCAAGCUGCGCCUGGUGCUGGCCGUCCUGCUGGGCACGGCGGCCCUGGCCUCAAUUCUUAACUUUGAACAGGGAAGGAUUUUGGAGAAGACAGGACUUUGCAGCCAAAUCACUUUUGGCCGAUACGUGCGACAAGGAUGGAGGCAGAGGGUGGACCCAAAGCUGUUCAUCCAGGAUCUGCAGUUCAACAAAGUACCUGUGAGGGUGUACCAGCCAAAAGCCACAUCUCAUGGGCGAAGGAGAGGUAUCCUCUUCUUCCAUGGAGGAGGAUGGGUGUUUGGAAGUCUCGAUACCUAUGAAAAAGUGUGCCGCUACUUAUCCAGAGAAAGUGAAUCCGUAGUUGUAUCCGUUCAGUAUCGUUUAGCUCCUGAGCACAAAUACCCUGCUGCAUAUGAAGAUUGUCUUAAUGCUACUGUACACUUCAUGCGGAGUACAGAGCACUAUGGGGUGGAUCCUGCCCAAAUCAGUGUCUGUGGGGACAGUGCUGGGGGCAAUCUAGCGGCUGCUGUUAGCCAGACCCUGGCAGGCAGAGCAGACCUCCCCAGGCUGCGUGCUCAGAUCCUGAUCUACCCAGGCCUUCAGGCGCUGGACUUCAAUUUGCCAUCCUACCAUCAGAAUCGGGGAGUUCCUCUCUUAUUCCGGGAACGCGCUGCUUUCUUCGCUUUGCAGUACUUAAACGGGGAUGCAUCGCAUAUGCAGGAGGUCCUGAAGGGCUCUCAUAUCCCUCCAGAUAUGAGGCAGAAGUACAGGAAGUGGGUGAGUCCGGACAACAUCCCUGAAGAGUUUAAAGUCAGAGGAGUGAAGCCACUUAACCCCACUGAUUUUAUGGCUGAAGUUUAUGAGACGGUGAAGCGGUUCUGUGAGCCCAACCUGUGCCCCCUGCUAGCUGAAGAUGCUGUUGUUCACCAGCUGCCCGAGUCCUUCAUCUUGACUUGUGAAUAUGAUGUGCUGAGGGAUGAUGGCUUGCUGUACAAGAAGAGGUUGGAGGACAACGGAGUCCAAGUGACCUGGUGCCACCUCGAGGAUGGGUUCCAUGGAAUCAUAAGCCUGUAUGAUUAUGGUGGGUUGUCAUUUCCAUCUGGGAAAAGGGGAUUGGACAGCGUUGUUAACUUCCUUAAAGGCUUAUAGUAAAACAUCUUAGAUUCCAUGAGUCUGUUCAUGCCUCAAUCUAGAAAAUAUCUUUUUAGGAUAUUUAAUAUCAGGUGAUGGGUAGUCAUUCAAAGGCAGCCAUUAACGAUGACAAACAUGGCUCAUGUGAACCUCAUUCCAGCUCUUAGUUGGAAAAUGGAAUAUGCAAAUAUUAUACAUAUGCUGCAAGCCCUUAUCUUUAGCUACGUCAAUAAAUAUGAACGUUAUUUUGAAUGGAUUUCCUGGUUUGUCCCCCUUGCUUACAAUAAAAUCCGUCUUUCCACCUGUGAAGACAGGCUGUCACACAGGUAUGUGUGUUGUGUUGGUGUAAAUGAGUAAAAGACAUCGCAGAGUUUGGAUGCAUUGUGCUGUGACUGUGAACUCUGCAUGAGGAA